AUGACCUGCAUACAAAAUGUGACGUCAAAAGUUCAGGUGGUUAAAGGAUCAAGCGCCUAUCAGAAAGCUUUCAGGAUUGAUUCCACGUCUAAACUGCGCAUGUCUACUAAGCGAGUGUUCUGGAAAAGCAUCCCAUUGAGUUUUUCCUUGACGACGACCUUCCGAUUGAACAUGGAUUCGUUUGACGUCAGCUGGUACGUCUUCUACAUACAGGAUCACAAGGGAAGGAUCCAGUUCGGACUGCAAGUGAAUCCAAAGAGGAAGCUACUGAGGUUUAAAUUGAUGCAUCCCACAAAACGAAAUCUUCAAAACUUUGAUCUAUCAUUGGAUAACGAAUACUUCGCUAAAACAUACAAAUCUCUUUUCACGGUAUUUCAAGAUAUAUUUUUACAUUUACCUAUUGACACCCAAUGA